UUUAUUCAAGACAACGUUUAUACUUUUGUAUUCAAAUUGAAAUCCCACAACAACAACAACAUCAACAACAACAACAACAAAUGAGCAUAAACAUUAGCAACAUGUAUUGACUUUCUCAAAUGUUUUAUUUAAAAUCAGUAUUGUUAUGUAAUGCAACUGAUAUAUUUUAUUACAGCUAAGCUCAGAUCUAAAUGGAUGUAAUUUAUUUUAUAAAAAGCAAUGAAUCAACUAUUUGGAAUACUAAUGAAACUAAUUCUUAUUUUAGCUUCAAUCAGUGCAUCAAAACACUAUCUUUUAAUACAUGGUCCAAUGCAUACGAAUGCUCAGAUUAAUUCAACUGUACUAUUGAGAUGUCGUGUUCAACUUCAGAUUCAGAAUGAUCUUAAAGAGAAUUACUAUCAAAUCACUCAGAAUAGUAAAUUAAGUAGUGAAGCUUACUUGUCAGAAGUUUCAUCAUCAUCAUCAUCUACCGCACCAGCAACAGUUUGGCAAGUUAUCAACCCAUAUUUAUUACCUGAUAAGUUGAAAAUCAUUGUUCAAUGGAUGAAAGAUGGCUUUGGUUAUGAUCAAGAUACAUUGAGACAAACAUUUAAUGGAAGAUAUACACUUGUUGAAUCGGAGGAACAAGAUGUAUAUGAUUUAAUGAUUCAAAAUAUACGUUUUGAAGAUGAAGGUGAAUAUGCAUGUCAAGCUAGAUUAGUAAAAAAAACAAAUUCUUAUCAAAAUAGAUCAGAUUAUUUUGAUCAUUUUAUGAAUCAAUCAAUAAUUGAUCAGAAAUCAAUCAAAUCAAAUUUCACUAAUAAUAUUGAUUUAUCGAUUUAUGAUUUAUAUAAUUUACCAAUGAGUUUAAUUAAAAGUAAUACAGCAUAUUUAAAUGUUAUUGUACCGCCAAAAUCGAUUCAUUUAAAUAUCUUAUUAUAUGAAAAUUCAAAAUUUAAAUUUUUCUUUGAUUAUAAUAAUCAAUUAAAUGAUCAUUUAAACAAUCAAUCAAUAUGGAUUCAUUUAAAUCAAACCAUUCAAUUAAUAUGUAGUACAUCAUCAUGGAGUAAACCAUUAGGACAAUUAUUAUGGUUUAUAAAUGAUAAAAUAUUAGAUCAAGUUCAAAAUGAAAAGAGAACAGAUGAUGAUGAUGUAACAAACUCAUCAUCAUCAUCAUCAUCAUCAUCAUCAUCAUCAUCAUCAUCAUCAUCAUCAUCAUCAUCAUCAUCAUCAUCACCAUUCAGAUCAUCGUCGUCGUCAUCGUCAUCAUCGUCACCAUUCAGAUCAUCAUCAUCGUCAUCACUCAGAUCAUCGUCAUUAUCAUCACCAUGUCAACAUAUAAAUGAUUGUUUUCAGAAAAGAAAAGAAUUAUUAACUUGGUUAAAUAUGAAAUUUUGUGAUUUACAAUAUGGAUGUCAUAUUAUAAAUAAAACACAAACUUCAGUGAUAUUUGAUCAUUCCUUUUAUACUGGACAAUUGAUUGAAUUUAUUCAAAUCAAUGAUAUGCCUUCAGGUAUUCAACUAUUUAAAACUUGGUCUAUUUUAAGUCUUACAUUUCAUAGAAUACAAAUGAAUCAAAUACCAAUUAUGUGUUCAUUACAUAAUCAACAUGAUUACAUGUUACGUAAUAAUAAUAAUAAUAAUAAUAAUGUAAAUAUUAUGCAAUCGAACAGAACUUCUCAUCUCAAACAUCAUAUACAUUUGAAUGAUACAUAUGGAAAUAUACCAUUCAGAUCUAAUAUAAUCACUAUGAAUCUUUUAUAUAUUGAUAAAGUGUACAUAGAAAUUUAUUCCAAUCCAAAAUCAAUAUUUACUUCAUCUAUUAAACAUUCAACAGUCGUAAUUGAGAAUCAACCAGUUCAACUUGGAUGUUUUUAUGAAAAAUCUAAUGUGCCUAUUAAUGCAAAUUAUGAAUAUACAUUUUUUAUUCAACUGUCAGAUACUACUACUACUACUACUACUACUACUAAUCAUAAUGAUACAUUGUUCAAUAUAAGUUCAUUAUCAACUAUUCAUUCAAUGAACAAUCAUUAUAAUACCAUUAAUUCAUUAUCUAUGACAUCUUCAAAACGAAUAAUAUUACAUAGUCAAUUGAAAUAUCAUAUUAUACAAUUUAUACCAUAUCGAAUAUUUCAUAAAGGUAGAAUCUAUUGUCAAAUAUCAAUUAAAAUAAAGAAAUCUAUAGUCAAUACCAUGAAUUCCAUAGUAUCAUUAUCAUCUCAGACAUCAUUAAGAAGUUGGAGUAAUCAAAUUUCUAUUGUUAAUAAUCAUCUAGAAAAUGAUUCAACAGAUGAUCCACUAUUGAUAUCUUCAAUGGGUUAUAUUGAUUUAAAUAUUUAUUAUGGACCACAUAUAAAUAAUCGUGAGAAUCAAUUUUAUAUACUGUAUCCUUGUGCAAUAUUUGGUAAGAAAUUGAAAAUGCUUUGUUGGACAAAAUCUACAGAUAAGUUGUAUAUAACACAAGAGAUAACAUUACAGUGUCAAACAGAUUUUAAUCCAUCUGGUCAAAUUCAAUGGUACACAUGGAAAUCAAAUAAUACACAAAUUUAUUUAACAAAUGGUUCAAAUUUACAACUUACAUUAGAUCAACUUCAAUUUUCAUUGGAGGUGAUCACAGUUAAUUCGAAAAAUUUAUGGAUUAUGGAUAAAGAAGUUUUCAAUAAUCAUGGGAACUAUCUCCCUACAGAUGAUCCAAUCAAAUUGGACGAUGUUAAUUUUCAAAUUCAUUUAUGGAAAUUUACAUGUAUAGCUAGUUCAUUAGGAUUUGAUAGUCAAUCAGCAAAUAGAUUUAUUAUUCAAGCAGAAAAACCAUUUGUACAUAGUCAUUCACAUGUUAAUGGAAUUCUAGGCAAAUCAAUUCAUCUUAUUUGUAAUGUUGUCAGUUAUCCCGAACCAAAUUUUACUUAUCCAAUAUGGUUACAUAAUGGCGAAUAUAUUGAAAUAGAAGAUUCAUAUGGUAAUAAUAUAUCACCAAUGAAUUCAACAAUAGAAGAUUCCAAAUUCCCUAUUUCCCUUACUCAUCAUUUUGUGCCUAAAUAUAAAAUCAUUCAUAGAAAGUAUGCAUUUGGAUGGAUUAUAACUUUGAAGAUCAAUAAUUUAGAUCUAAAUGAUGAAGGAAUUUAUCAAUGUUCAUUUACAAAUUUAAUGGGAUCAAGUUCAUAUGAGAUAAAUUUAUAUUUAAACCAUACAUUAUCCAUGAAUCAAUUCAUUAUUAUCAUUGUCAGUUGUUUCAUUAUACUACUGAUUAUUCUUCUAUUCAGUAUUAGUUUAUAUUAUACUCAUAAACAGUGUCAAUACUUUGAAUGGUUACAUCAUUAUUUAUGUAUUAAAUGUAAAUUUACAUUGAAUAGAAAACCGUAUCAUAAAAAUGACAGAAGAUACAAUCAAAAACCGGUUGGAUACUAUACAGCAGUGGAUUUAUCAGAAGUUAUACAAAAUUCACUCAUUGAUGAUGAUUAUUUUGAUGUUAUUAAUAAUAAAAAAAUUAAUCAGUCAUUUCAUCAACCAUAUUUGAUUGAUCCUGUGAUAUCUCUAAAUCAAUCUAAUGAUUACGUAACAUGUAAUCCAAUUUUAAAUGAUCAACAAUCAACUUUACAAGAGAAAUGUCUUUGUGAAUUUAAAAACAACUGUGAACAUCAGUUAAAUAAUUUCAAUAUCCCAUCUAAAUCAAAUUGUUCCACAUGUUCACAUAUAAAACCUUUAAUUCAAACGAAAAAUAACAAUGAUAAUGAUCAUGAUUGCUGUGAAUUAAAACAAUAUCCUCUUCCUUCCAAAACACUAUCAGGAUACUAUAGUAACCAUACAAGUAGUACAGUGAAAGUUCUACAUAAUAAAUUCAGAUAUGAAACUGUUCUUAGGGAUGAUAAAAAUGUUAACAGUGAUGAUGUAUCAUUAGGCUUCAAUCAAACACCUUUAUUUAAUCAUAUUUAUUCAAAUAAUGUUUGUUUAAAUGAAUUAACUUCAAAUUCAAUGAUCAAUGAUCAAUAUUCAACUUAUUGUCAGUGUAAUAUAAAAAGUAAUCAAAUUCAAGGACAAUAUUUCACAUUACCUACUUAUCAUCAUAGUAUGUUAUACUCUAAUACAAUGAAUAAGAACACUUAUACGUUUAACAAUCAACAAGAUCAAUGUAUUCAUUGUACAUUGAAACCGCGAAAUUCAAAUUUGGCCCCAAAAUUAAAUGAAACUUUUUCUUACUGUGAUAAUAAAGUAUCAUUGAAAAAUAAUGUUACAACUAUCAUAGAUACAACUAAUGGAAUGUAUAAUCAUAAUAAUAAUUUUUAAUGAUUAAAAGAUUUGAAAGAUAUUUGUGAAUAAGAUAUAAAAUGCUUUUGUUUUAUAUAUUGAUUAUGAUCGUCUAUUUUCAUAUGAAAUAUAUUUGAUAGUUUAUUAACAUAA